UACAAAUUGUAUUAGCUGAAAUAAAAGAUGCAAUGACAAAUAUAAAAAAAUUAAAAUCUCAACAAAAAUUAAUAAAAAAAGAAAUUUCUACAAUGAAUAGAUCGAUUCCACGUAUAAAAGACACAGAAAUUAAUGAAUUAGAGUUGAUUCUAUCUCAUCACGAUAAAGAUUUAUAUACUCGAUGGAUAAAAUCUAAAUGGAAAUUCGAAGCAAUUGAAGAACUGAUGUUUAAUAUUCAGAAAAAACAACUAGCAAUGGACACAUUAAAUACAUUAAUAAGUCGAUAUUUGGAUAAGAUAAAGAAAAAUGACGUAUUAACGAACGAUUUACCAGAGGAAAAUUCAAUUAACAAAAACAAAUCCGAUUCACUUUUAUCUUCAAUAUCAUCUAGUCCAUCAAAAAUUCCACCACCACCUCCAAUUUUGCCCAUUCCUCUAACAGUGACUACUUUAAAUAGAAAUAAUUCUAAACAUUCUUGGGUUCAACGUAGAUUUAGAGCUGAACGAAGGGGAAAUUUUGGGUCGGUUCGACCAAUAACAGAAUACCAGGAAACCGAACCAUAUGUAUUCUCAUUAAAUUUAAACAAUACAAGAAAUAAUACAAGUUCUAAUACUAGUAUCUUAAAAUCUCAAUCAUCACGACUUUCAACUAGCUCUAGUAAUCAUAUUCUUAAUUCAAGCUCUAAUAAUCAAAUCGGUACUUCCGAGAAUAGUACAAGACAAUUUAAGAAUGACUUGGAAUUGAAACCGGAAAUACAAUCAGUCUUUCAAGCACUUUUAGGUCAAAGGACUAUUCCAUUAAUGAUUACAAAUGGUUAGUUUAUAAA